UCGAAGCCUGGCGCAUGUCGGCCGGCGACUGCGUGCUCCAUGUCUCGCCGCUGCAUCGCCUGAGCGGCGUCGUCAACGAGCUGCUCUGUCCUCUGUCAGUUGGAGCGACGUGUGUGAUGCUACCGAAAUUUGACCCUGCAGAAGUUUGGUCUCAGUUGCUGUACAACAAAACCAUAAAUGUCCUGAUUGCUACGCCCAAUGUUUACGUAACUCUUAUAGAAGAAUUUGAAAAAUCUCUUGCAGAUAAAAAGGGAAAAAUCAGAGAUCUUUUGUCUGGAAAGAUAAGGCUGAUGGCGAGUGGGUUCGGCGCCCUGCCGCAGUGCGCGUGGCAGCGCUGGCAGGAGAUAACGGGGCACGCAGUGCUCCAGAGCUACGGCAGGACGGAGACCGGCACUGUGAUGUCCGGCUCUCUCGCCGGCCAGAGGCGGCUAGGGUGCGUGGGCACCCCGCUGCCUGGCGUGGAGGUGAAGCUCGUGGGAAGCGACGGCUGCACUCUGCUCCACGGCAACAGCGAAGAGACGCGGGUGCUGAGUGGGCACCCCUGCCGCGGUGUCCUGCAGGUGCGGGGACCCGGCCUCUUCACGAACUACAGCAACCAGCCGGCCGCUGGCAGCAACUCAGCAGACGGCUGGUUCAGCACAGGUGAUGUUGUUCAGUACCAGAAUGGAAUGUAUAAAGUUUUGGAAGUGACGGACGUGAAUGAAGAAGAAACAGCAUGUGGCAAAUGAGUGAUAGAAGAUUUUUUUUCUUUCGGUUGAGGAGAAUGCAUUUUAGAUUAAUACUGUGAGAUACUUUCUUCUCGCCAACCUAGGUAACAGCUGCCAGAAGCAUAGCAAGGAUUAGAUUCGCGGCCAGUGCCAGAAUUUUAAAAGUAUCCACCAGAACUGAUUGGAGUUAAGCUAGAGUGCAAGUCUUUCACUCGUGUUACACGAUACUAUUAUUUAUAAUUGAUGUAAUUGUGAACAAUAUUUCAGAAGACCACAAGCGAAUCUCAUUAGAAUGUUGACAGGAUAAUUGUGUGACAAACAGUAAAAAUCUUUUAUUAUCUUU